CGUGUUUCAGCUGUGAUCCUCCUAUGAACGCACAGAACAAUGUUCAUUUCUUAGUCCCGCACUCAUGCCUUCCCCUGGCUAUUGCAGCGCUCCCCUGCGGCCGCAAUCUGCGCCACCAAACCCUGUCUUAGGAACUGCUGAUUCAAUGUUUUCCCACAAUUACUCCCUACAACAACUGCAUUCCAGCAACGACACAACGUCUUUGUCUUGUGUAACAACCGCUGCCUAGACACGCCCUCAAUAUGCUUACUUAUCCUUCGUUCCCCGACCAGCCAUUGCGUUCAAUCAACACCAGUCCAUUCAGGAGCAGAAGUCGCGCCAUUCUUCACGAACGACACGCCUCAGAAGCCAUGCAACGUCCACGACCCAUGAGUGUUGCGAGUUACCCGACGAUGCAACACAGCAAAAGAGGCUCCAUCUAUGUUUCCGACGCAUCCAUUAACCUCGCACAAGGGACGCCCAUCAUUGCAUCGACUUCAACGCACAGUUUGUCGUCGUCACCAAGCAACGACAUCCCAGACUUCGUUGACCACUAUGCAAACUUAGAAUUAGAACCCCAUGCCUCGGCAGAAGACAUUACUUCCGCUUUCCGCCGCCUCCGGGUCGUCUACUUCCAGAGCGAUGCGACAAAGUACAAAGCACUAACAACUGCUUUCGACGUACUGAGGGACCCGGAUGCACGCCAAGACUACGACGCAAAUUACCGUGCACGUGCUGCGGCACGAACCCUUUCAAACUUAGGGGAGGACAUGGAGCAAUCAAAGCAUGAGAGAAAGGACAGUGCUAUGGGCGACGAUGCAGGCAUGGAGGCGGUACCAGAGGAAGAGGAUGCAGACGUAGGGAGAAGCGAAGAUCAAAAUUGGGCGUUGAAGCGACACCGAAGGCUGUUCGAGCCAAUGAUUGGGACGAGACUUUACCAGUCGUAUGUGCCGAUCCUCGAAGCAUACGCACAAAGAAGUAGGCAUCCGACCUUGAAGUGCAGUAGGCCAGCCUAUGCUGGCCACUUCGCAAAGAAUGCAAGACCGAGUUGAGUGAGCUACGGAAAGUCAAACCCAGGAAUCCUUUCUAUUAGCGAUCUAGGUUCUGUUACGAUAUCUACGAGGCUGUAAUCUCAAUGUAUCUAGUGAUUAUUUUCAAGCACGGCGUUGUUGGAUGAAAUGGUAAAUCAUUGGUGGAGUUUGGCGGAUCCAUUGUUUCCUACUACACCUGCCUUAUUCAAGAUGGAAUGAUAUAUCUACAAAUCGAGAACGAAAGAUUACCAAGAGCGCAAAUAGCUCAAGGGCGUAGCUUGCGUUUUCGUGUUUCGUAUUGCACACCUGGACAGGCUGUAAGUCCCAUGGCUUCUGAUGUGAUCUUACCGAGGCUACCAACACGUGCUCUGGAGUGUUUUCGAAUUUGACAUGAGAGGCGGAAUAAAAACAAGGCGAGCAUUUAAAAGCACAGUUAAUGA